AUCAUUCGUACCACCCCCGGUACUCGUAGGAUCCUUGACUCGCGCCCAAACAUGUCGAAUCGUGAUGCAAAUCAGACGAAAAUCGACCGGGACUCCGGGGCCUGAAUCUAAAACACGAUCGUUCCGAAAGCGUAAGCCCGCACGGCAAGUCGUCAACAAACCGGCAUAGGCACCAGAUACGGGAGCACCGCGGGCCAAAACACUAUACCGUGUAACAGCCACAGUCUCCGCGGAGACGUCGAAGAGAGAAUAGAGCCGGACCCGGUGCGACCUCGUGUGCGGCGUGCUCGUGUGCGGGUAUGUCCGAUUGAGUACCAAACGACGGCGGAAGAACAAUGCGGGGAUUGUGUGGAGUCGUGGUGCUGGUGGCCCUGUUGUUCGCGGUCCAAGCACAAAGGAGGAAUUAUUCGGCGUUCAGGUGCCCGAAAAACUGCUUCUGCUUCAAGAGGACGGUGCGAUGCAUGAAACUGAAUCUGGUCGAGGUGCCCAAGGUGCCGCAUCAGACGGUCACGCUGGACUUGAGAUUCAACAAGAUAAGAGAAAUAGUACCGGGCACGUUUAAGGGCCACCGUAACAUCGUUUCAAUAUUAUUCAACAACAAUCUCAUCACAGGCAUUAAAAAUGGUACUUUCGACGGGCUGCACAACUUACAAAAUCUCUACAUGUACAAAAACAUGAUUAGGCACAUCGAACCGGGUGCAUUCCAAGGAUUAUUUAAGCUGGAACGGCUGUACUUACAAAACAAUGAUUUAGAAGAAUUGAAGUAUGGAACGUUUGCCAAUCUUCCGUCUCUUGAAAGAUUAACGCUUUACAACAACCGCAUCGCACACAUAGCACCAAAAACUUUUGAUAAUCUACCGAAACUAGCCAGACUACGAAUGGACCACAACGCUUUAAUCUGUGACUGCCAGAUGUAUUGGUUUGCUAAAAUGAUCCACGAACACAAUCUCCAAGGUGUGGCACAUUGUAAAUACCCCGAAGAGAUGUACGGUAAAGCCUUGAAUGAAAUGGACAUUAAAGAUUUUCACUGCAAACCUCCAGAAAUCAUGGAAGGGCCACAUGAUAUCGAAAUCUCUUGGGGAGGAACUGCAAUCUUCACUUGUAAAGUUAAUGAAGAUGCCCAGGCGAAUAUAAUCUGGAUGAAGGACGAUGAAGAGCUGAUAACUAACGAAAAGUACAAAAUCAUGGACAAUGGAACCUUAGUGAUCGAAGAUACGGAAGAAAAGGACGGCGGUCAUUACGAAUGUGUGGCCAAAAAUCCAGACGGUCAAGCCAAGUCAAGACCUGCUCGCAUGAUUGUUACAAGAUACAAUUCUGUAACUCAAGGAUACAAUUCAUUUGCUCCUAUAAUAACAUCCAACCCAUCCACAGUUACAACAUCAGUAGGAAAUUUCGAAGUGGCACUUCCAUGUGAAGCAACUGGAUUUCCUAUCCCAACAAUUCGUUGGUCUAAAAAUCGCAUUACUUUGGAAACAUCUUCAAAGUAUACAAUUCUUCCAGGCGGAACACUUUUAAUACGACCUAUUGAACACAGUGGUGAUCACGGCACGUACAGGUGUGAAGCUUCCAAUAUUAACGGACGUGCUUUUAUCGAAUCUACUGUAAUAAUAAACGUUGCUCCAAUUUUCACAAUACAACCAGAAAACACUGAAGUUGAAGUAGGGGGAACAGUAAGAUUGGAAUGCGUGGCAUCAGGUACUCCACCACCUGAAAUCACUUGGUUCAAAAACGAUUUAGAAGUUCAGCCAGACAAUCGGAUCCAAAUAUUCCCAGACGGCACUUUACAAAUUUAUAAGGCUGAAGAAUCGGACACAGCUUUAUAUAUUUGCGAAGCUAGAAAUUCUUUAGGUUACAGGGAAGUCAGUGCGAAACUGAAGGUUGUAUUACCAGAUAAACGAAAUGUAGCUAGAUUGGUAUACAAGCCUUAUAACAUGGAGGCUUUGAUUGGAAGUACCAUUGAGUUGCCCUGCAAGGCUGAAGGUGAUCCGGCUCCAGGUAUUCAAUGGAGCAAAGACGGACAAAGGAUGCAGAGAACGGGCAGAUUCAAAAUAUCUUUAACAGGAAAUCUGUACAUUUACAAAGUAGCUCCGGAAGACCAAGGAAGAUAUGAAUGUACAGCUAUCAAUGAACAUGGACGAGACACUGCGUACGGUUAUGUAACGGUGAAAGAAAAUCAAAACACAAAUGAGUUUGGAAUUGGUGACAAAUUUGUUAAAAUUGCCUUCCAAGAAGCUAAUUCUGAAAUCGAUAAAGCUAUAAAUAAUACAAUAGACAAUCUAUUCCAUAGUAAAGGUCCACACAGCUCAUCAGAAUUAUUCAGAUUGAUACGUUACCCAGAUGCUCCAGCUAGAGAGCUGGCCAAAGCAGCUGAGGUAUACGAAAGAACUUUGUAUAACAUACGAAAGCAUGUAGAGAAAGGAAUGACUAUGAAGAAUCCAUCCGAUUUUAACUACAGAGAAAUCCUCUCCAAAGAUCAUUUAGAUUUAGUCGCCAAACUCUCAGGUUGUACAACUCACAGACUAACCAGAAAUUGUUCCGAUAUGUGUUUCCAUUCUAAAUAUAGAAGCAUAGAUGGUACUUGUAACAACUUGCAAAAUCCUACCUGGGGUUCUUCGUAUUCAGGUUUCAGGCGCAUCCUCAAGCCGAUUUACGAAGACGGCUUUACAAAACCUGUGGGCUGGGAUAAAACUAAAACAUACUACGGCUUUCCUAAACCCAGUUCUCGUCUUGUAUCAACUAGCUUAAUUUCAACAAAAAAAAUCACAUCAGACCCAGAAAUUACGCACAUGGUAAUGCAAUGGGGGCAAUUUUUAGACCACGAUUUGGACCACGCUCUCCCCUCGGUGAGUUCUGAGAGUUGGGACGGUAUAGAUUGUAAGAAAUCUUGCGAUUAUGCAGCUCCUUGCUACCCCAUGGACGUACCCCCUGGCGACCCUCGGAUCACCAAUCGCAGAUGCAUCGAUUUUAUCAGAAGUUCGUCGAUUUGUGGGUCGGGAAUGACUUCGGUGUUCUUUAACGAGAUUCAGCCAAGAGAGCAAAUUAAUCAGUUGACAUCGUACAUUGACGCAUCUCAAGUUUACGGGUUCUCUGAAGAGUUGGCGAAGAAUUUGAGGGAUCUGGAAACGGAUGCUGGCAGACUGAAAGAAGGUACAGUAUUUCCUGGCAGAAAACCUCUGCUGCCUUACGCUGCUGGGGCUGAAAUGGAUUGCAGAAGGAAUUUAUCGGAAAGUUCUGCGAUUAACUGCUUCCUAGCUGGAGACAUAAGAGCUAAUGAACAAGUGGCUCUUAUUGCGAUGCACACACUUUGGAUGAGGGAGCACAAUAGAAUUGCCAGGGAACUCAAAUACUUGAAUCCUCAGUGGGAAAGUGACUUGCUAUAUCACGAAUCUAGAAAAAUUGUCGGUGCUGCUAUGCAACACAUAACAUACACGCAGUGGUUGCCGUUUAUUAUAGGUGAAAGCGGCAUGAAAAAGAUGGGCGAAUAUAAAGGUUACAAUCCUAAAUUGAACCCAAGUAUUUCCAACGUGUUUGCAACUGCUGCUCUGCGGUUUGGUCACACUUUAAUCAAUCCAAUACUCCACAGACUAGAUCAUAACUUUAAGCCAAUCAGACAAGGAAACUUACCUUUGCAUAAAGCCUUUUUCUCACCGUGGAGAGUUGUUGAAGAAGGCGGUGUGGAUCCCCUUCUGAGAGGACUGAUAUCGGUGGCCGCUAAAGUGAAAAAAUCAGAUGAAAACUUAAAUAGUGAUCUCACGGAACGACUUUUCGAAACAGCUCAUGCUGUAGCUUUGGAUUUGGCUGCCAUGAACAUUCACAGAUCACGUGAUCAUGCAAUUCCCGGGUAUUUGGAGUUUAGAAAAUUCUGUAACAUGUCCGAGGUGGAAACUUUUGAUGACUUGAAAGGAGAAAUUUCAGAUGCCAAUGUGAGAAGAAAACUGAAAGAACUGUACGGACAUCCGGGUAAUAUUGAUGUAUUUGUUGGAGGCAUUCUCGAAGACCAAGUCGAAGGAGGAAGGGUUGGUCCCUUAUUCCAGUGUUUGUUAAUUGAGCAAUUCGUAAGGUUGAGAGACGGAGACAGAUUCUAUUACGAAAAUCCUUCAGUAUUUAAACCAGAACAGUUGACUCAAAUCAAAGAAUAUACUUUGGCGAGGGUUAUUUGUGAUAACAGUGAUAAUAUAACGCGGAUACAGCGUGACGUAUUCCGAUUGCCGGAGUUGCAAGGAGGAUUUGUUGAAUGUUCCCAAAUUCCUAAAGUGGAUUUCAGAUUGUGGUUUGAGUGUUGUAGCGAUUGCCGAUAUUCGGGACAAUUAAACACAAUCAGCAGAUUAAACAGUAGAAGAAAUAGGAGGCAAGCUCCAGAAGAUUUUCCUCAGAAAUCAACAGAAAAUGUUCAGGGUCUUCAAAGAAAGAUUGGUGAAUUACAAAAGGAGGUGGAUGAUUUGAAGGCCAAUCUAAAAGAUAUUCUGAAUGAACUUAAAUAUGGAAAUAAAACAUUGAACUGUACUUAACAAUAGUGUUCUUUACUGCCAUAAUUUUAAACUAAUCAGAAGUAGAAUUAAUUUUCUGAUGUAAUGCGCUGUGCUUAAAAUUAAUACUUUUUAUUGUCAUAUUAAAGCAUUUUGAAAAUAGAUACGAAAUUUUAUAAGUAUUGUACGUUGUAAUUGUAGAAAGACAAAUAUAAAAUUUAAUUAG